GCACUCCAAUGGGCUUUCUAGACGAAAAAAAUUCCAGGAUUUUUAUACACUACCUGAGUAUUUCUCGUCAGAUUGGUUAAAUGAAUUUUCCGAUUUUCGUAUGGAUUGCGAUGACGACUUCAGGUUUGUCUACAUCGGCCCUAAGCACACUUGGACGCCUCUGCAUAGUGAUGUCUAUUGUUCCUACAGCUGGUCGGCCAACAUCGUUGGCAAAAAACGGUGGUGGCUUUUGCCUCCAGGUGAGGAAAAAAAGUUAAAAGGAUUCAGCUGUGGCUCCCCCCUUCCUGACCUCCGUGAUCAGACCCUCGCCAGCCCAGGUGAAAAGCAUUCUGACCUCCCCCGGUGCUAUGUAUUUGAUCAGCAGCCUGGAGAGAUAUCUUUCGUCCCUUCUGGGUGGUACCACCAAGUUGUAAAUAUGGCAACUCAGAAACACGCAUUACGCGUGUCCUGCAACGCCGUAAAGUGUACAGACUGUGUCUCGAUAAACAACAAUUGGCUAAACGCUUGCAAUAUCGGGCUUGUUUGGCAGCACCUUCAGUCCCAACUAAAGGAGGUGAAGAGGUCGUGUGCUGAUGUACAAUCGACUCCAGGUUGGGAUGAGGCCUGUCAAGAGUGCCUUAAAGCAUGGGAAGGUUGGGAUUUUGCUGAAUUCUUCCUCUUGUUGAAGUACAUCAUCAUUUCUCGUUGGUUAUUUUUAACGCCGGAAGAGGUUAGACAGCGUCUACCACGAACUACUGUGUCGACGUCCCCUGACACCAAGAUCACAUUCAGUCAACUGGAGACGCAGGUUGAUACACUCUUCUCUGAAACUGCCGAAGCAGACAAAGCUCUUCUUGAUUGGUUAAUUGCAGAGUCCUGGAGUGACGAUGUAUGGAAGCGGUGUCUCAUUUCAGGGGAUUCUGUACAGGGAGUAAGGCAGCACGACCUCAUUGAGGCAGCGCGAACGAUGAAAUCGAUGCUUGGCAACGAAGACGUAAGACGCCUAUCUCUACACACUAGAGGGCCUGCCGCUUGGAUUUGGAAAGACUGGCCCGUUUUCACACAAAGCUGA